CGUCGCGCGUCGCGUUCUCGUGUACGUUUCGCGACCGUCCGGAGGCGUCUGGUGGUGCGUGUCGUCUCGAAUACGGGCGAGCGGGUCGGCGGUUUCCGCGCGUCUCGCAUGAACGCCUCGUUCCCUUCGCGUCCUUUCGAUAUGUGCAGCCUCGCCGUGCUGUACUUCUCGGAAUCGCGCACACAGCCCGCGACGCAACCGCUUUCGCCGAUGGCGGCGAACGACGGUUUCGCGUCGACCCACGGCCUCGGCGAAGCCGCGUCUCUUCGGGUGGAGCCGUGUCUGGCCGAAGCGUGGUGUCUCUAGAGCGGAGCACGACCAGGAGAAGGCGAGAACGCGCGUCACGAGGGAUACCGAGCCCUCUUCGCGAGCCGACACCGAGAGGAGGAGGAGGAGGAGGACAUCCGUCCUUUGGUCCGCGUCUGUCCAGCGAGGAGGCCGAGCCGAGGAGAAAUCCUAAUGCAUCGAGAGAAAGGCGAGCGGGACUCCAUCAUCCUACUCUCGUCUCCUGCUCGUUGGCGUUCUCUCGUUGGCGAUCCCCAAGCUUCUCCCGUAGAUAAUAACGGACUCCGGACGCGCGCGUCGAAUCACCUUGUAUCUCAGAUCGACGGAACAUCAUCUCGGUGGAUCCUCAAAGUGGGGAGUAUCUUCGUCGAAGAUUGACUUCGCAUUAAACUGCCCCCCUCGGUAUCUCGAGAGGCGUGUUAUGCCGAUUGUUGGGCUCCGGACGCGCGAGACCCCACGACGAUGCUGACGGUGAUGUGCCCGAACUGCCGGCACCGUUUCCGGGCAGCUCGAUGUUGCGAGCCCGGCGGAGGAGGAACCACCAGCAGCCGGAGGGAGGAGGAGACGAGGGGGGCCGUUGACUUCCCCGUGACGACGACGACCGGCGCGGGCACGACGUCCUGCUACGUCGGCGGCCUCCUGGUGCCGCACGGCUACACCAGCGGCGACGGUACCUUCAUAAACGCGCCGACGAUCGUCCACGGGCCCGCCGUCUUUCAGUCGGGCCACUGCGCCCCCACCGUCGGGAUCGUCAAGCCCAACACCUCGAUGGCCGAGCACGACUCCGCGCCGCUGCUAUCCGGUGCGAUUCCUCGCGCCGCUCAGACGAGGCAGGCGACCUCCCCGCCGAACGACCCGCCGCCUUCCCCCGUCAUCAUGACGAACUAUGGGAUGGCGGCGCCCGCGGAGCAGCACGUCGCGACCAAGUGCGAGCUCACCGACAGCACCGUGACCAUCUCCGCAGCCGGCAUACAGUCCGGCGGCUACCUGAUCCAGAGCACGGAGACCGGGAUCUUGGUGCAGGCCCCGGAAGCGAGCAUCGAGAUCCGGCCGAACGGCAACCGUGCGCUGGACAGAUCGUCCACCGGGUACAACACAGAGACUAACGAUGUUCACCGGGCGCUCGUCGCGCCGCCGAGUGGCUGCUCGGAGUUGCCCGGCUGCAGGAGGAGCUCGCUGUCCAGGGUAACGGCGGAGAGCAACGAGACGAUGGAGCCGUCGAGGCAGCGGAGGAUACCGUGCUCGAUAAGGACGAACGGUUGCUGCUGUUGCGGGACCGACGGCGGCCGGAUCCAGAAUCUCUGUCACGGUCGGUCGCGGUGCGACGCCUCGGCUCUCGAGGACGAUCACGACUCCCUGCUGGUGGAGCCGGUGGGCGGCGGUAGUGUGCAGAUCCAGGUGAACGCCACGUUGCAAUUGCCCGCGAGCCUCGGCCAGUGCAAGGUGAACAUCACGGCGACGACGGCGGCGUUGCCGGCGUCGACGAGCCGCGUGAUCGCGACGGAGACGCGUGUGCGCAACAACUUCAACGGCGGCGGCAUCGUGCAACCGGACGAGAUCGUCAACAACGAGCGCAGCGACGGCACGCCGACCACGCCGGUGUCCUGGCUGAUGCCGUACCCGUGGAGCCUGGACACGUACUUGCUGGACAAGGAUAUCAACCGCCUGUGCGAGGUGAAAAGGCUGCUGCAGAUCGGUGGCUGGUACCACGAGGGCAUCAGUUGGCAGCAGAGCGAGAACCUGCUGAAAAACGCGCCCGUCGGCCGCUGGCUGAUGCGCGACAGCUCGGACAGCAGGUACACCUUCGCCGUGUCGGUGCAGACCAACCGGGGCCCCACGUCGGUCCGGGUGCAUUACUUCCUCGAGCGGUUCCGACUCGACGCUGAGCCGCGGCUGGUACUGGCGAUGCCGCUCUUCGACUGUCCCAUCAGGAUGCUGGAGCACUACGUCGAGUACUCGAAAAAGAUGGACGAGCACCGGCGGGAGGUCUGGGUGGACUACAGCGGCCAGCUCUACAGCCAGAUCUACCUGACGAAGCCGUUGGUCAAGGAGGUCAGGUCGCUCUCGCAUCUCGCCCGACUCGCCGUGCACCGGAACAAGCUGCCUACCGACAACCUGCCUCUCUCAAUCAGGAACUAUCUCGCGGAGUAUCCGUAUACGCUUUGAGCGAGCGCGCGGCUCGUCCCCCUCGCGCGCGACAUACGCGUCUAUCUUCCAAUAAAUCUAUACAUACAUAUGUUAAGCGGAGAUUUUAUUUUUCUAUGAUACGGCGCGCGCGAAGCUCUCCGAUCGGCUACGUCUCUCUCUCUCUCUCUCUUUCACUCACACGCACACACACACACAUGCACACAAAGCUUACGCCGAUGAUGCACACUACGCAAAUACGGGAAAAGAAUGCACGGAGGGAGGAUUCUUUUCCUCACGGUCAAAAUUAUAAUAGAGAGAAUAUUACUUCGUUAAAGCUCGGCUGUGUGUACACAAGAUAUUUUCCUUUCGCGUAAAUUCUCGUGUGUAAUAUGUAAAUCGAAAGGUCGUAGCACGACGACUGGUGCAAUCUUUUCGAAGUCUAACGGUGGUGGAGGUCGCGUCGGGCCACACAGAGGAGGACUCUACGUGUUUCGGUGCAUUGAAAAAGAAAAAAACGAACAAACGCGUCGUUGCAGGCAACUAAGACGAAUUAGUGAGAACGAGAGGCGCACGUUGUUGAUUUGUUUUCAACGAUCGUCGGUCGAUCCGUCGGAGGUGAUAUCCCACGUGAAACAACGAGCAUAAUAAAUUCCGACAGCGAAUUCGAUCGCUCAUAUUACUCCGGAUUAGUGCAUGCUGAGGGCUGUUAUAUAUGAAGUAGUUGUUUAAAUGAAAAGACAUAUAAACAUUUUGAACGACUAAACUGUAGUUUAAAAAACCAUUUCUUUCUUUUCCACUUUCCGCGGAAGGAAGCUUAAAAAAAUCCGUGGAAAAAAAAUGAAUUUUUUAAUUUUUUUUUCGCGGAAGCCAAAAAAUUAAUUUUUUUUUUUUCAAGU